UUAAUUAAUUGGUUGUUGCUGAAGUCGAAAUAGAUGCAAUGAAAAUGUAUGGUGAUCUUCUAUGUUGUAGAGACUAGAGAUAGAAAGAGAACUUAGUGACGAUUUAGAGAGAGAAAGGAAAAGACAGAUUUUCUUUCUUUUUUUUUCUUUUUUUUUUUCCUUACAUCGACAAGGGCAUUUUAGGGUUUUUAUAAAAAAAAUUGGUUAAAAUUGAUGAUUAGGGAGUAAUUUGCUCAAAAGGUUGAUAAUAGGGAUUUAUAUGCACUUAAUUUUUAGUAGGGGUGUUUCUUGCAUAUUUUUUAUAUAGUGAGGGGGUUUUAUGCACUUAACCCCAAAAAAAAAAAAAAUACUUAUUACUCACAAACUGAAUGAUAAAUUUGAAAAUUUAGUCUUAAAUUUCCUUUUAUAAGUUGAAUUGAGGCAUGCUUAUAUUCGUACCUAACGGAAAAUGCGGGUUGAAAUGAAUACCGAGUGGUAGUUGAGUUGAGCCCAUGCGAAAACUACAAGAAAUAUCAACCUCGUUUAUCCCGUCCCUCGCCUUCCAUAAAUACCAAAGGAAUUCAAGCUUCCAACAAACACCCACUCACAAGCUCCUAAAUUUUUCAUCAAAUGGCUUUACAGGAGGAAUUUGAACAACAUGCUGAAAAGGCAAAAACACUGCCUCCAACAACAAAGGAUGCAGAUAAACUCGUCCUUUACGGGCUAUUUAAGCAGGCAACAGUUGGAGCUGUUAACACCAAUCGACCCGGAAUAUUCAGCUUAAAGGAGAGGGCAAAAUGGGAUGCCUGGAAAGCUCUUGAAGGGAAAUCCAAAGAGGAAGCAAUGGCUGACUACAUCACAAAGGUCAAGCAGUUGGGAGAAGCAGCCUUUGCAUAGUUGCUCAAUCCAUGACUUUUACUUUUUGUCUCUGUUUUUUUCUUUUCUUGGUGCUAGCUAAAAUGGCUUUGCUGUACGUUGUGUUUAAAUACUGAUAAAGUCCAGAAUAGCAACAGCAAUGUGGUUGUAAUAAAUCUAAAUUAAGAAAAAAUGAACUUGGUUUCCUCUGGUUUGGUUGCCUUUACAUGAGACUAUGAGAGGGUCAUUGCUCAAUGCAAAUGUAAAACCUCCAUCU